AAACCUGCUGCCCCUUCUCCUUUCCUCUCCAAGCCCUAAACCCAUCGCCCUUCACGACUCGUAGCGAACCAGUCGCGGGGAGGGAGAGAGAUGGGCAACAGAGACCACAAGCGUAGGAGAAACCAGCGGGGAUCAGCAACAGAGGCUGCAUGAUCCAGAGAGGACGAUGAUGAAAAAUCCCCAACUGGAGGGGCUUUAACCAUCCUCCUUGGCUAGCUUCAAAUCCAUGGAGAACGAUGAUGGAGUUUCUUUGGAAAGUGGCGAAAGAAGUCCUCUGCUGGAUAAGAGCCAAUCAUCAAGGCAUUUUGAAGACAAUGAUUCUGAGGAGAUUGAUCAAAGAUCUGAGCCACAAAGUGUAACUUCUAUAUCCAAGGCACCACUAAUAAUCUUAGCAUUUUCGUUCCUGGAAGGUAUUGCUUUCAAUGGCAUUGGCAUAAACUUAGUUUUGUAUCUUGGUUCUGUCCUUCAUUGGUCUAUUUCUUCAAGUGCUGCAAAUGUUUCCUUUUGGGGUAGAACUACAUAUUUCACACCACUGCUCGGUGGCCUCCUCGCUGACACCUAUUUGGGAAAUUACAGGACAAUUGUAAUAUCCAUCAUAUUGUACCUACUUGGGUUGGUGAUUGUUACUUUAUCUGCCACUAUUCCAUCAUUAACACCUCCUUCAUGUGAUGGAAAUUCAUGUCAACCUGCAACUGCAUUCCAAACGUUUGUGUUCUUUUCUGGGUUAUAUGUUAUUGCCUUUGGGACUGGUGGAACCAGAGCAGCCUUGCUGCCCUUUGGUGCAGACCAAUUUAAUGAGGAGAAACCGAUAGAAAUGAGAAAGAAAGUAUCCUUCUUCAGUUACUUUUAUGUAUGUUCCAUGUUAGGAGUGCUCUUUUCUGGUACUUUCAUAGUUUGGAUACAACAAAAUGUCAGCUGGGCAAUUGGAUUUGGGAUUUCAACAUUUUGCAUGGUUAUAGCUUCUGGAGGCUUUUUACUUGGAACUUCAACAUACAAGUUAACGAUGCCAACUGGCAGUCCUUUGAAGAGUCUUCUUCAGGUUAUUGUAGCUACUGUAAGGAAGAUGCACGUGGUGAACACCUUAACGUGUUCAUGACUUUAAAAUAAUAUAUUCCAGAUUUUCUUGAGGGAAAAGAUAAUGAUCCCGUACCCAGAAAGGAGAAGAAAAGAGAAGCUAGGAGGGAGGAGAAACCAGAAAAGGCUGCAGUUAUCGAUAUGGUGUUUAGAAGAUGCACAGGCUAUUUAGAAGAUGCACAGGUAGAGAAGAUUUGAUCCAA